UCCAAGCCCUCUCGUCUUGGGGAUGGGCAAAGGCUGAGGGAGCUGCCUGGAUUCCUCUCCCCCCUCUUUUGGGAAGGUCUGGUCUGUUUUCUUCGACAGAACACCCACGGCUGCUUCAGGCAGCGGCGGAGGCUUGGCUCCAUCCACAGAACCCAACCCUGCUCUCAACUCAGCCUCAGGGAACAUCUGGAACGAUGCGAGGCCUUCUGACCCUCUCCUUCCUUGCCACCUUCAUAGCUACAGGGGCGUCUGUGUCGUGUGAGAUUUGUGAAGGCUUUGGAGACACCUGCAUGGGGCCUUUACACACUUGCCCCCCUGGUUUCGACACCUGUGGCAUCAUCCAAGCAGAGGGCACAGUGGGACCCCACAUUAGGACCAUUGUGAAGACCUGCUUCCCAGUCAGCAACUGUGACGAAGGCCUCACCGUUGUCAAUUUAGGCAGGUUCGGAACGGUGGUGAAGAAACUCACGUGCUGCGUGGGGGCCGAGUGCGCAAGGGUCCCUCCCUCCUUGCCACCCAUCAAUACCUCACACAAUGGGAAAAGAUGCCCAGCUUGUUAUGCUAUCCACGGCUUUACAUGCAAGGAAGAGAUCGCCCAAUGUGCUGGAGAUGAGCUCUAUUGUUUCGAGUUGUCUGGGACUACAAGUCUAGGGGCGAUGACCGUAACAAACGUCAUGAAGGGCUGCUCCAACAUGGCUACUUGCAAUGAUACACUUCACAGCUCGGGCUCGUUUGCUGGGAUGACGGUCGUUACAACAGCCAAUUGCACACUAGCCUCUGGGACGGCCGGCUCCUUCCCAGUAUCCCUCAGACUCUUCCUCCAAGCCAUUUCUGGUGUCCUGCUCGGGAAGAUCCUCAGUUGACUUGCCCCGAGGUGAAGAUUCAGGGAUUCUGCUCAAGCAGUUCCUCCUCCUUGCCACUUGGUGGCAGCCUUUGUGUCAAACUCAGAGCACAGACUUUUAGAGAAUGCACUGCCCCCGUGUACCUGUUCACACACCCCACCUUCCUAUGGCCUCUGGAGGCAGUAGGCACUUGAAGAAGAACAGCUGCUGAUCUCCAGGUGAGGCUUGGAGUUCUCCCAGAAUUACAUCUCCAGACUAGAAAGAUCAGUUCCCCAGGAGGAAACAGCAGCUUCAGGGGGUGGGCUCUGUAACAACAUGUCCCCACUGAGUUCCCUCCCCUCUCCAAACUCCACUUCCCUCAAGUAUCACCUCCAAAUUUCUCAAGGCAGAGUUGGCAGAAGAAGGGGGCAGCCAAGCAUGGCCACCAUUCUUUGAAGGAGGCCACAUCUGAUGUGCCUGGCAGGUGCCGUUGUGUGCGUGUGCACAGUGCCAUCAAGUGGCAGCUGAAUUACUGCAACCCCAGCAAGGG